CCAUCCACCCGCCAUCACGGCCGACAAGAUGAGGACCGUUCUUUCACUUUUGUCCCUGGCCUCGAUGGCCCGGGCACUGUAUUUCUUCGUCGAUGUAACAUCACCAAAAUGCUUCUUCGAAGAGCUCCCCAAGGACACCCUGGUGGUGGGCCACUACACGGCCGAGGAAUGGAACGACCACAGGCAGGUUUGGGAAAAGCACGACGGCAUCAGCAUCUACAUCUCGGUUGACGAGACGUUCGACAAUGACCACCGCGUAGUCUCACAGCGCGGCGGCGCCUCGGGCAAGUUCACCUUCACGGCGGCUGAGUCGGGCGACCACAAGAUCUGCUUCACCCCGUCCUCCAACAGCGGCCGGUCCAAUUGGCUGUCGGCGUCGUCGCCCAACGGCGGCAUCAAGCUGACGCUGGACGUGGCCAUUGGCGAGACGAGCGCCCUCGAGGGCGGCAACAAGGAGAAGAUGGAGGACUUGGCGACGCGCGUGCGCGAUCUCAACGCCCGGCUGAAUGAUAUUCGGAGGGAGCAAGUUUUCCAGCGAGAACGCGAAGCCGAGUUCCGCGAUCAGUCCGAGAGCACCAACUCGCGCGUGGUCCGGUGGAUCCUGAUCCAGCUCACCGUGCUGGGCGUGACAUGCGCCUGGCAGCUGUCGCACCUGCGGUCCUUCUUCAUCAAGCAGAAGCUCACAUAGAAAGGGAAGAGGAAGGGAUUUCUAAACACGAAUUCUGGUUCGUUGCGCUGUUACGGGGAGGACCUGUUACCUCUGUACCGGAAUCCCCGUUUUGACGAAUAUGUGGGCUGCUGGUAUGCAAUGGGGUCAUGCUGCCUUACGGAAAGCAUCCUGUCUGUCUAUCUGUCGGGGGGUAAGAGCUAUAUCUCUGUGUGUGUCUCUCUCACGGCGGAAGAAGUCAACUUAUGGGUUUGGUUUGGGAGCGGAGUUUCUAAAAUGCAAUCAACGAUAGGUAUAUACGCAGCCAUGGCUCUACUGUAAUGACACAUCUACGCAUUAGGUCGGGCGUGGUCCGGAACUUCACCAUAGGCCCAGCCUGGCUUAACAAACCUUGAUCAUGACUGGCAAACUGGACACGCUUCCAGUGAAGAGUACUAUCUUCGCUACCUUAUUCUGCGGCCUGUAUUCUCUUGCUGAGUAUGAGACAGCUCGCUGCCAUGA